AACUUGUCCCACCUUUGAUCAUGGACAGGAUCACGAAGACAAGCCCCAGCACUUUGCCCAGCAAUGUUGAUUCUCCUCGGACCCUGAAAGAUAAAAAAAAAAACCUCCUGUCUCGAUUCUGUCUUUCUCAUCCCUCUAACAACAUGCCUCAGGGAACGCUUGAACUUCUCCUCGUCAGCGCCAAGGGUCUUGAAAACACCGAUUUCCUCUGUAAGUGUCUUUCUUAAUAUCUAAUAAAUCUCAAAACUUUCA